GUAUGAUUUGGAAGUUGAUAAAAGUAAACGAUCAGCCAUCAAAAAAAUAACAGAGAGAGAUGAUGCGGCAGGUAAAACACUUGUACUAUGUAUUUCUAAAAUCAUAUCGCUAAACACCGUUGUAUCUCCUAGCAGUAGCACUAAGAACAUGGAAAGUAAAAAUGCAGCUGCAAUAAUUGAAGUUACUGAUGGCUGGUAUGGGAUUAGAGCUCUUCUGGAUCCACCUCUCAAAGCUUUCUUACAUAGAAGAAGGCUGACUGUUGGUCAGAAGAUCAUAGUGCAUGGAGCAGAACUUGUUGGCUCUCAAAAUGGAUGUACGCCACUGGAAGCUCCAGAUUCCCUUAUGUUAAAGAUUUCGGCGAACAGCACUCGAUGUGCACGAUGGCAUGCAAAACUAGGAUUUCAUCGGGAUCCCAGACCUUUUCCUUUGCCUUUGUCAUCGCUUUACAGUGAGGGUGGUGCAGUGGGGUGUAUUGAUAUAGUUAUUCAAAGAGCUUACCCUAUUCAGUGGGUGGAAAAAACUUCAGCUGGUUCAUACGUGUUUCGUAACAGCCGAGCUGAAGAAAGGGAAGCUGCCAAGCAUGCAGAGGAUCAACAAAAGAAAUUGGAAGCUCUGUUUGCAAAAAUCCAAGCAGAAUAUGAAAAGCAUGAAGAGGGAACUAGCAGAAGAACACCGAGAUCACGCAUAGUCACAAGACAGCAAAUCCAUAAUUUGCAGGAUGGUGCAGAACUUUAUGAAGCGAUUCAGAAUGCAUCUGAUCCUGGAUAUAUGGAGGGAUAUCUCAGUGAAGACCAAGUAAAAGCCUUGAAUGCUUACAGGCAGUUGAUGAAUGAUAAAAAGAAAACUCAGAUACAAGAAGAAUUCAAGAAGGCUUUAGAAUCAGAACAGGAAGAAAAUGGUUGUUCCAAAAGAGAUGUGUCUACUGUAUCACAGGAGAUGCUGGUACAGAUUUUCUUUCCAAGAAAAGCUCUAAAAUUCACCAGUUUGUUGGAUCCUUCUUUUCAGCCACCAUGUGCUGAAGUUGAUUUAGUUGGAGUUGUAGUUUCUGUUAGCAGAACAGGUUUCACUACUAUGGUGUACCUCUCUGAUGAAAGCUAUAAUCUGGUGGCAGUGAAGAUCUGGACAGAUCUUAGACAUUUUGCUAUUGAAGAUAUAGUUGUCCGCUGUUCAUUCAUUUCUGCAAGCAACCUUCAGUGGCAAUCUGAAUUCAGAUCAGAAAUUCCUAUGCUGUUGGCUGGAGAUCUUUCCGUAUUCUCAGCCAGUCCAAAGGCAAACUAUCUUCAAGAGAAGUAUAAUGAACUGAGAAGUACGAUAGAGAAUGUGGCCUCCUUUUGCUCUGAUGCAGAAAGUAAAUUGAUGAAUUUGCUACAAAAAAAAAUCUCACUUCCACCCAGUUUAAUGAAAAGAUGUGGCUUGGAAUGCCCCUCUCCUUCCUGCAACUCAGGUCUUUAUGCAGAGGAUAAAAGUUUGAUCUCUUCUAAAAUUGAAAUAAAGCAUCCAAGCCCUUUGUCAACUAGCACACCAAAUGCGAAACUUUUUGCACAAGGGUCAGCAAAAACACCUUCAUCUGCUACAAUUAAUGAAGACCAUCCCAAAAACAGCAAAAAGAGAAAAGCGAUGGAUUUCCUCAGUUCCAUACCUGCCCCUCCACCACUGACACCAAUCUGUUCAAUCAUUUCUCCAUCUUUAAAAAAAGCAUUUCAGCCUCCACGAAGUUUGGGUUUACAGCGUAGCAAGUCAUCAAAAGAAACAAAUCAAAAUAUUAGUCAUGUCACCCCCUGUAGAAAAUUGAGAGAAACUGUCCAUCUUCCUGAGAAUGACCUGGUUGCUGAUGAAGAACUUGCAAUGAUUAAUACACAAGCACUCAUGAAUAAUUUGCCAGAAGAAAAGAAGAUUGGUUAUGUAAAUGAAAAGAGCAGUACAAUAACUACUAAUUUAUCUGAUGGUCUUUCACCCAAAAAUAGUUCCAAGUCUACUGGGGAAGCAAAUAACUCAUCAAAAAGCCGUUCUGAAGUAGCUGAGGCUCUUCAGAAAGACCAGAAAGACACAAAGGAACCUGACGACUUGUUACCAGGCCACAGAAUACUGCAAAGACAAAAACCCCGAAAAUGCUACUAA